GAGAGGAGAGGAGAGGAGAGGAGAGGGGGAGGGGGGUACCGCACUGUCGUUACGAGUCCAAGUGGAGAAGGCAGGAGGAGAGACGCAUUAUUGCAGUAGCCUUACAGUGCCACAGCACUUUGCACGGGCGAAACUACCGCACAACCCGCACAUCCGAGAGAGAGAGAGAGAGAGAGAGAGAGAGAGAGAGAGAGAGGUGGGGGGUGACAGCAAUCCAAGACAGACAACUGAAUUCUCAUGACUGGACUUUUUCUGUCUUGUUCUUUCUUCCCUUAAUUUUUGAAAUUGCACGCAUUUUGCCAGCAGCUCUCAGAAGAGGCAACUCGAGCGAGCAGCCAAUCAGCGCUGCGCCUCAGCCUCCAGCAGCAGCAGCUCUGUAAGGACUCCAUAAAGCCAGCAUCAUCACCCGGACGAGCUGGAAGCAGCAUCCGUGGGAUUUUUUUCCCCCCUCUGUGUUUUUUUUUAUGACUGUUCAUCCUGCAUGGAUUAUAAUUCAGAAGUACUUUUCUCCUGAUCUCCUUCACUUCCUGCUCACACAGUGAAUUAUCACCUGAGCCGUUUUGAACGUGUCUCGGUAUUGCGGUACUUUUGCUGACGACUUGCGGUAUAAACGCACCGCUAGAAGAUCUGCCCCACUGCGCCAAGAGUCCCCCUCCUCUGCUGACUGACCGCUCUCCGCUUCACUCACUUCGCGCACUGAGAAAUUGGACUUUCUUUUUUGCGCCACUGCUUGGAAGUCCUCGUCGCUUCUUUUUUCUGUGACCCUGCUGCUGUUUUUUUCUUCCUCCUCAUCAUCUUCUUCUUGUACUUCAGACCCUCCCUCUCCUGCCUCCCCUCAUCCUCUUCCUCCUCCUCCUCCUCUUCCUCCUCCUCCUCUGCUGGCCGUGAGUCAGUUCAAACAGCUGCAUAGAAGAUGUCUGCCCCAGAUGCUGCCGCAGCCCCCGGUGCUCCCGGAGCCCCCGGUGCAGAUGGAGCCCCAGGCGGCGGCCCACCUGCAGGCCCACCCAAUACCUCCAGCAACCGCAGGCUACAGCAGACACAGGCCCAAGUCGAAGAGGUGGUGGACAUCAUGAGGGUGAAUGUCGACAAGGUUUUGGAAAGGGACCAGAAGCUUUCGGAGCUGGAUGACAGGGCGGACGCUCUCCAAGCCGGAGCCUCCCAGUUUGAAAGCUGUGCAGCCAAGCUAAAGAACAAGUACUGGUGGAAGAACUGCAAGAUGAUGAUCAUGAUGGGGAUCAUUGGAGUCAUUGUGGUUGGAAUAAUCUUCUUGUACUUCUUCUACUGAGCUCAGCCCAUCAAUGCAGAUGGAUACGGACUUGAGAACGAUAUGAGAGGGAAGAGAAAAAAAAAAAAGAAACCCAAGCGCCCCCUUUUAUCCGUCCUCUCCUUCCUCUCUUCACACAGUCUUCCAUCAAACCAUCUUGCACUUACACAUGACAGUAGUGUUUUCUAGGUGUCUCUGCUCUCUUCGUCCCCCCCUUUCCCUCCC